GCCGUUUCCUGUUUCUCGUUUAAACGUUGGCCGUCGAAAAAACGUCAAACGAGCUUUUAUAUGAGCUCUUCGAUCGUUUAGUUGCAGGGAUCUCCCCAUUCCCGUUCUUGAAAGUGACACCAAACGUUAUGUGACUUUUUGCUAAUGGGCAGGACAACAUGGCUGCUGCUGCAGGUCGCUUCUACGGAGAAGGAGGCAGAGCAACAAAACGACAGAAAACUGAGGACGGAGGGAUGACAACGGAAAGCUACGAUGAUCCCCAUAAACCCUUACCCUCCCCGGUGGUGCACAUUAGGGGCUUGGUUGAUGGUAUUGUGGAGACUGAUUUGGUGGAAGCCUUGCAAGAGUUUGGGACGGUCAGUUCUGUGGUAAUGAUGCCCAAGAAGCGCCAGGCCUUAGUGGAGUACGAGGACAUGAAUGGAUCCUCCGCUGCUGUUACAUAUGCAGCAGAGAACCAGGUUUACAUUGGAGGCCACCCUGCUUUCAUCAACUAUUCCACGAGCCAAAAGAUCUCCCGGCCAGGAGACUCGGACGACACGCGGAGUGUGAACAACGUGUUGCUACUCACCAUCAUCAACCCUAUCUACCCAAUCACCACGGACGUGUUGUACACCAUAUGUAACAACUGCGGGCCUGUCCAGCGGAUCGUCAUCUUCAGAAAGAACGGUGUUCAGGCCAUGGUUGAGUUUGACUCUGUCCAAAGUGCCCAGAGAGCCAAAGCCUCGCUCAAUGGAGCAGACAUCUAUUCUGGUUGCUGCACGCUGAAGAUUGAAUAUGCCAAGCCAGCACGCCUAAAUGUCUUCAAGAAUGACCAGGACACAUGGGACUACACAAAUCCUAACUUGAGUGGCCAAGAUGCUGACGGUGAAGGCAAUUGGAACAAUUCACAAGACCCAAACGCAAAUCCAAACAAACGCCAAAGGCAGCCUGCUCUUCUCGGGGACCACCCACCUGAUUAUGGUGGCCCUCAGGGAAGCUAUCACGGCUACAGCGACGACAGCUACGGGCCUCCUUCCCACCGCAUGGGACCCGGUAUGGGGGGACGUGGCCGUGGUAACCAGCGCUAUGGCGCGGGAUACGGGCCACCGCCCCCCGAGUACGGCCCUCAUGCAGACUCGCCCGUACUUAUGGUAUACGGUCUUGAGCCGGCAAAGAUUAAUGCUGAUAAGGUCUUUAACAUCUUCUGCCUCUAUGGGAAUGUGGAGAGGGUUAAGUUCAUGAAGAGCAAACCUGGAGCUGCAAUGGUGGAGAUGGGGGACUGCUAUUCUGUGGACAGGGCUAUCUCCCAUCUUAACAACAACUUCCUUUUUGGACAGAAACUCAACGUCUGUGUGUCCAAGCAGCAGGCUAUCGUGCCGGGACAGAGCUACCAGUUGGAAGACAACAGCAGUAGCUUCAAAGACUUCCACGGUUCUCGCAACAACCGCUUCACCUCACCGGAGCAGGCAGCCAAGAACCGAAUCCAACACCCCACCAAUGUCCUGCAUUUUUUUAACGCACAGCCUGACAUCUCUGAGGAGAUCUUCAACCAGAUCUGCGAUGAAUUAGGAGUUAAGAGCCCUUCAAGUGUGAAACUUUUCAGUGGGAAGAGUGAGCGAAGUUCAUCAGGUUUGCUUGAGUGGGAAUCCGUUAACGAUGCCAUGGAAGCCCUGGCAAUGAUGAACCAUCACCAGAUGAAAAACCCCAGUGGGCCUUACCCUUACACUUUGAAGUUAUGUUUCUCAACCACCCAUCAUGCCAGCAGCUAAAUCCAAGCGCUUCAAACAAUGUCACAUUUUAUUUCUUUUCAUAAACUCUAAUGUAGUUCUGUUCUUAUGUCCUAUUAAAAUAUUCACUCAUUAUUGACAUAAAUAGGGAUGUUGUGUUUUAUGAUAUUUUUGUGAUGACACAAUUUCUUCUUUGCAACGUACAUGUAUCUUAUCAAGCCCCCAAUCUGAACUAUUUUGAUGUCAUCCCAGCCUUUUGUUUUGCAAUGGAAGGGAUUUCACUGCGCAAGGUCAACAACCGUAUAAUGUAUUUAUUGGCAAGCUGUGUAAUGUGCUAAUUGCAGCGAUGUGAUUUGAAAGAAAAUUGAAACAUGACUUGUUUGGUUGGCUUGUGCAAAUGAUGAUCACUUAACAUUUAGUUGAUAGGUACUGUGAACAUUUUCAGAAUAAAUCCUGGAAACAUUG